AUGCAGUGUUUGCCGCACCUAAGAUUUCAGCCCAUGGGCCCGCUGAUCAAUCUUGUAGCAGUCAAUGGCAUGGAUCAAGACAAAGCGCCGACAACAAAUCUGGGAGAUCUUGACAGGUUUCUGGAAGAGCAGAAGAAAUUGGCAUGCUCUCAAGGCACCUCUACGACGGCUGCAUCCACAGCAUCAAGGCAUGUUACUUCGAACGCUGCAAGCAGCCAUGCAGCUGCUUCCUCUUCGAAGACAGAGAGCAGCCUCGUCGUGAACUUCGACGACGACUUCUCGGACGAUGACAACACAGUUAGAAAUGUGAUCGUGAGCUCGAGCUCGCAACAGAAGACUCUACCUGCCAACACUCAAAACAAGUUGUACACGUCCAACACAUUUAGGACGGCGGGUAUUCGUGUCAUUGGCUGGGAUGAUGAUGAUGAUGAUGAUGUUCUUAGCUCAACCUGGGGUCGAGGGGUACAAGUUGCCACGUCAGCGCCCAGCUCGAGCGCCAACCACACGGCCUUAGCACUGGAGCAGCAGAUUAUGGAACUGAAGAAGAAGAUCGAAGAGAAGAAGAGUGAAGCCUCCCAGAACCAACAGAGAUCCUCCCAGCUAUCGGCCAGCAAUUCCUCGUCUACUCCUCCUCAACUCAACGGCGCCACCAACCCGUCCAACAAGUCCAAUGUCGCCACCGCGUCCGCAACCCCGACAGGUGAACUCACUCGACGCCUUCGGUCUCGGGCCUCGGGGACUGACUCGCCUGCAAGGGCCCCCUCCCCGGCACCUCGACCUGACCAAGAUCAACCCAUGUAG